UUUUUUUUUUUUUUUUUUUGUAUAGCUAGUGGAGAUCGGUCGAAAAAUAUGGAGCCAAUCUUGAUAGGAGCUUGCAUAAUCUUGGCCUCUUUUUUAAUUCUAUCUGCUACAGGUUUGAUUCAAAUUAGCAAAGGCAAGAAAAGAUCCCGGAAUCUGCCUCCCGGCAGCUACGGAUGGCCGGUGAUCGGAGAGUCACUGGAGUUUCUAAGGAGAAACCGGGAAGGGAAGCCGGAGAAGUUUGUUACGGACAGGAUGAGCAAGUACAAGUCGGAGGUGUUCAAAACUUGUCUGCUGGGGGAGCCGGUGGUGGUGCUAAGCGGCCCCGCCGGGAACAAGUUUCUCUACAGCAAUGGGAAUAAGCUGGUGACCACGUGGUGGCCGACGUCGGUGCAGAAGCUGCUGGGAACGUGUUUAACCACCAGUGUCGGAGAUGAGGCGAAGCAGAUGAAGAAGCUCAUGUCCUACUUUGUCAGCCCGGAUGCACUUGAGAAGCUCUACAUCAAAAAAAUGGAUUUUGUCACUCAACAACAUAUUAAGAAUCAUUGGCAAGGAAAAGAGGAGUUGAAGGUGUUACCUGCUGUGAAGUUGUACACUUUUGAACUAGCAUGCCGGUUUUUCAUUAGCGUUGAAGAUCCAGAGCAAAUCAAGAAGCUUUGUAGCCUGUUCAACAUUUUCCUCAAGGGAAUCAUAUCGCUGCCUCUCAACAUUCCCGGGGCCAGAUUUCACCGCGCAAUGAGAGCUACUGCUCUGAUCAGGGAAGAGCUUCUAAGGAUUGUCAGACACAGAAGAGAAGCCCUCAUGAACAACAACAAUGAUGAUCUUCUGUCACAUUUGCUUGUCACGCCUGACGAGAAUGGGAGUUUCAUGUCUGAGCUCCAUAUUGUGAACAAUAUAAUCAUGCUGCUCUUUGCUGGCCACGACACUUCCAGCGUCACUAUUACUCUGUUGAUCAAGACACUCGGGGACCUGCCUCAUGUUUAUGAAAAGGUCCUGCAAGAGCACAGAGAAAUCGCUGCAACAAAAAAAGAUGGGGAGUUUCUACAUUGGGAUGAUAUACAGAAGAUGAAGUAUUCAUGGAAUGUAGUUUGUGAAGUGAUGAGGCAAUAUUCUCCUGUUAUAGGGGCUUUCAGAGAGGCACUUGUAGACAUCAACUACAAAGGUUAUGACAUUCCCAAAGGCUGGAAGUUUUACUGGAAUGCUCCCAUUACACAUAUGAAUGCAAGCUUCUUCCCAAGCCCUAGGGAGUUUGAUCCGUCGAGAUUUGAAGGAGAAGGGGCAGUGCCUUACACAUUCGUCCCGUUUGGAGGAGGGCCACGGAUGUGCUUGGGGAAAGAGUUUGCACGCCUGGAAAUACUCACAUUCCUGCACAAUGUAGUUAAGAGGUUUAGAUGGAGCUUAGUUGUUCCCGACGAGAGACUUGAGUAUGAUCCGAUGCCCAUUCCCGUUGAAGGCCUUCCCGUUCGUCUUCAUCCUCACAAACUAUGAAAGACAGACUCGAGAGAGAGAUCGAUCCUGCAAUUCACACCAGAUCAGAUGAUUGAGGAUAAUAAUGUCAGCACAAAAACAUCAGACAUCUGUAGUGUGACAGAUAUGUGUGUAUAUUGGAAGUCAGAGUCAUGUAGAUUAAACUUUUGAGGUGAUUGUAGUACAAAUAGAAUGAACUGAAAGGUUUUGUCUAAUAAGGAGAUGAAAGGUUUUGUCCAAUAAAAGUCCAAACCUGUCAUUUUCA